AUGGUACACAACCGGGAGUGUGUACGUGUGUUGGAGGCUGCGACGAAACUCCGUGGAUACCGGUCACUUCAACUUCACGGCAUUGGCGGGCACACGGACCGUGGGCUAUCGAUUAGGUUACUCUCGGUGGAACGAACUGAACCGCGGAAUCCCUCACGGGAGGUUUCCACUGGUAGAGAUCAGCAUUCCCUGAGUCGGGACAUGGCCAGGAGAGUUUUCCUGUCACUGGCUGUUUCUCCGAGCUUCCGUGCUUGGGCUCAGUUCCUUGGUCCUUGGAGGCAGACCCCAUUUGGUAGUCAUGGCGUGACAGCUAAGAAUUUUAGCAGGCGUGUGGUCGCAAAUCAGCUUCCAAUUUGCUAUAAUAAUAAUACAUCUGGUGUCAAUUAUCGAUGUUGGUCGCACGCCAAAGAUCUAAGGAAGAACUGCACGGAACCCCCCAGAAAAGGCGAAUGCAAAGACAUCUUCAGUCAGUUAGACCCGCACAUCGUUUAUCCAAGUCCUCAAGUAGCGUCGCCUUCGAUUACCUCCCAUGGAUGGAGUCGGGUAUUAUUGGGGACGAAUCGUAUGUGCGGUACGAUGGUUACCGAAUGGCAACAACGGUCGCAGAACUACAACCCGCUAGUUUCCCAGCCUAAGUUUAGUACCAGUUACCAAUAUGGAACCGGAGUUACCGUACAGCCCCAAAGGUGUCUUAGUCUCAUCCGCCUAGCUGGUCGAAUCAGAGCGGUUGACUGA